AUGCUGUUCAAGAAUAUCAGUCUUGUUCUGAUCGCCGGCCUGGCCGCCUCGGGUCAGGCCGAGCGUCACGCUCGUCGCGUGCACCGACUCCGCAGCGUCAUUCCCACCAUCCCGGCGGCUCUGCCCACCACCACCAGCACGGUGGCCCCCACCACUGCCGAGACCGACAGCGCGACUCUGACUUCUGCGGAGACAUCCAGCGCUGCGAUCACCUCGGCCGAGUCCUCCAGCUCCAUGGUGAUCCCCGUCGUCGGGUCUUCGAGCCCCGUCGUGGUUCCUACUGAGGCCUCCAGCUCCAUCAUCGUUCCCGUCCAGUCCUCUAGCUCGGCGGUCACUUCUGCUCAACCCUCGAGCCCCGUGGUGAUCUCUGCCGAGCCUACUCACCAUGUUGCAACCCCCUCCGUGGUGGCGUCCUCGAGCGCGGUGACCCCCGGUGUGAUCCCGUCGCACACUCCCGCUCAUGGCUCUUCCAGCGUCGUUGUGAUCACUUCCACUGCUGGUCAAAGUGCCAGUGCCGGCGCCAGCGCCAGCGCCACCGGUACUCCUGAAGUCGUGACGGUGACCUACACCGUCGGCUCCGGUACUACUACUCGCGUAUACACUACCACUGUGUCCCGGACCACCACUGAUGUCCACACCGUGACUGCUGCUCCUGAAACCAACACCCAAACUGCUCCCGAUGCCAACGGCCAUGUCCAGUCCGAUAGCGAGCCAACCACCACUCUUCACUCGACCACCACGAAGACUGUCACCCUUAUUGAGCACCCAACCACUACCGUGACUGCCGGCCGUGCUACCGCCACCGGUAGCGGCAAUGGCAGCGGCAGCGGCAGUGAAGGCGGCAACUGUCGCCCUGAGACGGUCACCGUGACUGCCACUCAGACCGUGACUGUGAGCGCCGAAGCUGCCGCCACUUCUGCUCCCGGACAGAACCAUCAGCAACAGAGCAGCGACAGCGGUAACAGCCAGACGGAGCAGUCCACUGCCGCCCAGACUUCCACCAUCUUCAUGGUGCCUACUCCCAGCUCCAGCCGAGUUCCCUCUUCGCGGGCCACUCCUUCGGGCUUUGCGACCAGCUCGAUGGUGGUGCGCCCCUCGCCUUCUUCCAGCAGCUCUGCCGCGGUGACCCCUAGCGGACGCCCGUCUCAGCAGAAUUUCCGUCGUCUCUAUGUCUAG